AUUGACCGCCGUCUGCUCGUCCUCGCCGUCGGCCAUGUCGUCCAGUGACUCGUCGUCGUCUUCCGCGUUCAGCUCAGCCAUAGGGUCCACGUCUUUUGCUGGCCAAGGACCCUCUGGAUCAGGCGAUGGUCCAACUGCCGCAGACGUUCUCCUGGGCGCAUACGACCCGACACGUCUGCACCCUUUGGCUAGCGUCCAGGAUUCGCUGGACUUCCUACAGCUUGAUGACGAUAAGCUCACUGAUCUUCCUGGUGCGACAACUGCUAUUCCAUCUCGGGGUUGGAGUGAUGACUUGUGUUAUGGAACCGGGACUUUAUAUCUGAGUGGUCUGACUGUUGGUGGGAUAUGGGGCCUGCGUGAGGGUGCAAGACGCCCACUCGCUGUAUCGAAUACACGACUGCGGAUUAACAGCAUUCUCAAUGCUGUGACGCGGAGAGGUACCUUCAUCGGGAAUUCCGCAGGUGUUUUAGCGCUUGUGUACAAUGGCUUCAAUUCAACUAUCGAUGCCAUACGAGGCAAGCACGACGCAGUAGGAAGUAUGACAGCCGGCGCAUUCACAGGAGCGUUAUACAAAUCGACAGCCGGCGUAAAACCCGCUCUCGCGGCGGCGACUUUAGUCUCUGGGCUUGCAGGUAUUUGGAGUUAUGUGAAGACGCGUGUUUGAGUAUCUUAUUAUCCUGUAAUAUAACACGAUUGCACUUGCAUUAAUGCUGUCUCCUCUC